GGUACCUAACAAAAAUAUUUGCAAGGUAAAAGUAAAACAUUUUAUAAUAUUUAAGGCUUAUUGUCUCCGUUCUUAUAAUUAAAGAGCAGUAAUUUUUUUUACAACAAACGUAGUUGUUCAAAUAUAUGAAUAAUGGACGAACUUCGGGCGUUUUUCAAUAAUCCUCCCACAAGUUCACAAAAAAUUAAACUACGAGGGCCGCUCACGGCAGGUCGUCGUAUCACUAAACAUGAUACAAUAAAUGAGCUUAAUCGCUCCGAAGACCAUCGUCAUUCCGUACUUCCAAGUGGUACUGGUUAUGCUAAAGAAGCUCAACAAAGAGAAGUUGAAAUUUAUUUGAAGAAUGAGAGGGAGCGGCUGAACUUUGAAAGUAUGUCUGAAGGUUUAAAUUCUUUAGAGGAUCUCUCAUCAUGGGCUUCAAGUAGGCCACAUUUAUUAGAUCUUACCGAGGAAGUGAUGACCCAUGUGUAUAACAAAUACACUUUUCAAAGGAAAGAAGAUACUAAGAACCUCCAUAUAAAUGAACAUCAUGAUGAGAUCAUGAAAUACAUCAAAUCUUAUGGAGUAGUGAUAAUAGAAGGUCCCACUGGAUGUGGUAAAACAACACAAGUGCCGCAGUGGAUUUUGGAUGAUGCUUAUAACAAGAGACAAGCAUGUAAAAUAGUUGUCACUCAGCCAAGGAAAAUUGCAGCCAUAUCUAUUGCAAAGAGGGUCGCUCAAGAGAGGGGCUGGGAUGUAGGAGGGAUUGUUGGUUACCAGGUGGCUUUAGAAAACAGAACUUCAAAUGACACUCGAAUAUCAUAUGUCACUACAGGAGUAUUACUUCAGAAAUUAGUUAAUUCAAAGAAUAUGAAUGAGUAUACACACAUAAUAUUGGAUGAGGUUCACGAGAGAGGUCAGGAAAUGGACUUCCUACUGUUGGUUGUUAGGAAGUUUCUCCAUACAGUCUCGCCACGGGUCAAAGUCAUUCUCAUGUCUGCUACAUUUAAUGUAAAAACAUUUGGUGAUUACUUUUCCCUACCAUGUCCUACCACCAAGAAGCCUACGUCAACGUCUGUGAGAGUGCAGUCAGGAAAAUCGAGAUACACUACAAAAAUAUUUUACUUAAAUCAAUUGAAUAAGUUUGGAUCUAUUCCACAACAGCAAGGCUCACCAGAAAUUGCUCCAGAUAUGAACCAUCUAGUUGUUAAACUUGUAAAUGCCUUUGAAAAUAUAGAUAAGAAAGAAGAGUUUGAAAAAGAUGAUAUUUCUGAAGAAGACUUGCCAUCUAUACUGAUAUUUUUGCCUGGUAUUAAUGAAAUUGAAGAACUAUACUCCUGUUUAACUGAUCGACAAAUGAGGAUGAAGCUAUGUGGCGCGGAUUGCGCUCAACACGAGUGGUGGGUAUUGCCUUUACACUCGACCAUAACAGCUGACGAACAAGUGCGCGUGUUUCAAAGAGCUCCUCCCGGUCAUAGGAAGAUUAUACUCGCUACGAAUAUCGCGGAGAGUUCCAUUACAGUGCCUGAUAUUAAAUAUGUGAUCGACUUCUGCCUGAUGAAAGUAUUGGUAGCGGAUACAAGCACGAACUUCACGUCGCUGCAAAUGAUAUGGGCGUCGAAGGCGAACUGCGAGCAGCGGGCCGGCCGUGCGGGCAGAGUGCGGGAUGGACGAGUGUAUAGACUGGUUUCUGAUAAAUUUUAUGAAGAUUUACUGGACGAGAGUCUACCAGAGAUGAACCGUUGCCCUCUGGAACGGCUGGUGCUGCUCUCUAAAACGCUAGACAUGGGCCCGCCCGCGGAUAUUCUUGCUCUGGCCAUGGAUCCACCAGAUAUGUCCAAUAUACACCGAACCAUACUUGUGUUAAAAGAGACAGGCGCAUUGAAGAAAAUGAUAGAUGGAGAAUGGAGUACAUCAGAUGGGGAUAUCACUCACUUGGGUCGUCUAAUGGCCACCCUACCAAUUGACAUUAGAAUGUCCAAACUAAUCAUGCUUGGAUACAUAUUUGGGUGUCUGGAUGAAAGUGUUAUUAUGGCUGCUGCAAUGUCUGUCAAAAAUGUGUUUAGUAGUCCUUUCCGUGAACGCAUGAAUGCCUAUAAUUCGAAGCUUACUUGGGCUGAUGGCUCGACGAGUGACUGUGUCGCUUUUCUUAACGUUUACAAGGUAUGGAACCACCUCCGUCAACAACAAUACUUCAAGCAAGCCGGCAACACGGAAGCGCAAUGGGCGCGACGCUUCUACGUGCAAGUGCGUGCGAUGCGCGAACUUGAUGAUAUGGUGCGGGAGUUACGGAAUAGACUGUCCAGGGAGGGCAUGGAGUCGGCUAAUAAUACUCCGUGGAGUAAAAACGAGCUGCCUAUUGUGCUGAAGGUGAUACUAGCGGGUGCGUUCUACCCGCAGUACUUCAUACAAGUGGGCGGUGACGAGGGUCGUGAGCGUGAAGCUGUACGCACGUUGGGUGGGCUCGACCCGCGUACAACUGUGUACUUGCGGGGAUUCCCUGAUCACCAGCCGCCUGAAAUAUACGCGGCUGCUAUACGAUCAGUGGUGAAGCAGCAUAUAGGAGACGAGCCUAGAGUCACUUUUGAUAAGAAUAGCCGAAAAGUAUAUCUAACGUUUGAUGGUGAUGUGGGCGUGCAGCGUGACAAGAACAAAGGUGGAGAUCCAACAAUACCUGGUCAAGUGGUGUUGCCAGUUUAUAAAGCCAUAAAAGCUCGACAUUUACAAAUGCCCAUAAGGAUUCCAUUGCUUCCCCUGGAGAAAGCAAAUGCUUUGGCGGCCGCAGCAGAAGCGUUGAAGGCAGCACGAAAUGUAGAUAACAUGGUGCCGCGUUUACCAGAAAUUGACGAUACAUAUUUUCCUCUAAAAAUAUCCCAGCUAAUAAACGUCGGUCGUUUCUGGGUGCAAUACGACGACGAAUCAACAGCCAAUGAACUGCGACACAUACAGAACACAUUGAACCGCAAGCCGCUAGCGCCGUUCUCUGGGCCCGUAGUAGCGGACACGUUGGUUGCGGCGCCGUAUACCGACGAUACGGGCACUAUGCUGUACCGCGCGAGGGUCACUAAAGUGCUGCCUAGGGAUAUGCUUGAGGUGUUCUACAUAGACUACGGCAGCGCGGGGCGCGUGUCGGCGGGCAGCGUGCGCGCGCUGCCGGGCGAGUGCGGGGCGCGCGCGCCGCUGGCCAUGCAGUGCGCGCUGGCGGAGCUGGCGCCCGCGCCGCUGCUGCACGCGCACGCGCACUGGCCGCCCGCCGCCACCGCGCUCUUCGCCCAGCUCGUAGCGCGCCCCCGACUCAUCGGACGGGUGUAUUCCGUAACGCACGGUGUAGUAUCAAUAGAACUGAUGGGGGAGGGAGGCAAAAUAAACAUCAACAAGGAAUUGAUCGCUAAGGGAUUUGCUAUCAGUUGUGAAGAGAGCUAUGAUUCAAAGUUAAAUCACGAACUUAGGCAAACGGCAACAGAGCUCAAUAUGGCACAAAAGCGUGCGUUUAACAAAGAACAAACGGAGCUAGCGUUCAAUCAGACAUGUGAUAUUGGCCCACUUAGCUUCAAGGAGUGUAUUUCGGAUGUCUGUCUGAAAGGUCCUACGAGCCCACUCGAAACAACGCUACACAAUAUGAUGUACGCGAGCCGCGAUAAGCAAGUGACGGUUGAAUGGAGUUCUGUCAACUCUGUAUUGCUGGAUACUGAACCACAGGAACUUUAUGAAAGAUUGCUAGUAGCAGGAGAAGUGGGCCACAACGAGCACAGUGGCAAAUUAACCCUACGCCAUACAACGCUGAUGCCGAACAUUCCCGGUCUGCCGGCUAUUUUGGCACUGCUCUUCUGUCCUGUUGCUGAAUUACGCCGCGACUCCGCUUGUACCCGCUACGUGAGCGUUCUAUGUGGUCUGGGCAGUGAAGAAGACGGCCAGCCAUACUUCCCUGAACACGAUCUGUUGGUUAAUAUCGAUGCGCAACUUACUGUUGAAGAUAUUGGCCUGAUAAACCACAUUCGCUAUUUAAUGGACUAUACAAUGCAUAUCAGUCGCAAGGGCGAUGUGACCACCGACGAUACGGACUUCACGCACAAUAUACCCAAGUUUAUACGAGACGAUCUCAUGAAAUUACUCCCAAAACGUCGCAAACACCGUGAGCCAGAAACUGUAGUGAACGCAUGGGAAUGGCGCUCAGUGCCCGAGCAAGAGUUCCUAGAGAUAUCCGUACCUGAUAUGGUGGAAAGGGCGGAGUUGUUCCCUCUACACGCGCCUCUAGAACUGGCGCCGUUGCCAAGGGAACGGCUGCUCGAACUCAAGAGGGACAAUGAUGACCUCAAACAACUUGUCGCUAGGGCGUCGUUGGCAUCCAACGCGCAGUUUGCGUGCAAAUUAUGCGGGACCGUGCAAAUGGCUGCGCACGCGAUGCGCAUACAUCUCUUAUCCAACGGACACAAGGAAAAGGAAGAAGACUUCAGGAUUGUGCAGGCUUAAAAUUUACUUUUUUUAUUUUAUUUUUUGUAUUACCGUCGAAUAAGUAGAGUGAGACUAUAACCGUCCUAUUAAAAAAAAAAAAAACUUAAAUGUACUUUCUUUAAACACAGACUAUAAAGUCAUGAUUUUACUUUAGUACAGAGGUUUUAACUUUUCCUCGUUUGU